UCAUAUUCUUGAUGCGAAUAUGCAUGGCAUCGGAUUUCUUUUACCCCAGCAUAGGCGGUGUAGAAGAACACAUAUUCAAUUUAUCGCAAAUUUUGUUGAAACGGGGACAUAAGGUUAUUAUAUUAACCCACUGUUAUGGUGACUCCAAGGGUAUACGAUAUCUUACCAAUGGCCUUAAAGUAUAUUAUUUGCCCAUUAAAGUGUUCUAUGCUCAAACAAUAUUGCCCACAAUGAUAUGUAAUGCCCCGUUGAUACGGGCCGUGUUAAUAAGGGAACAAAUUGAGAUUGUACAUGGCCAUUCGGCUUUUUCGGCGCUGGGGCAUGAAGCCAUGAUUGUGGCCUCUUUGCUGGGAUUAAAAACUGUAUUCACGGAUCACAGCCUAUUUGGUUUUGCCGAUUUAUCUGCGGUCUUUACCAAUAAAAUGUUGGAAAUCGAUCUGACAUGUGUGGAUCAUUGUAUUUGUGUUUCGCACAUUGGUAAGGAGAAUACGGUGCUGAGGGCUAGAGUUCCCAAGGAAAGAGUUUCAGUAAUACCCAAUGCCGUGGAUACUGCCCUUUUUACACCCGAUCCUAGUCAAAGGCCACAAGAUGAUACAAUUAACAUCGUUGUUGCUUCGCGUCUGGUAUAUCGCAAAGGAAUUGAUCUCUUAUCGGGUAUAAUACCGCGUUUUAAAUCUAUGCCAAACAUAAAAUUUAUUAUUGUUGGUGAUGGUCUGAAGCGUGAGCUAUUAGAGGAAAUUCGAGAAAAGGCCAACAUGCAGGAUCGGGUACAAAUGGUUGGUGCUGUUGAGCAUGUACAAGUGCGGGAGUAUCUUGUACAGGGCCAUAUUUUUUUAAAUACCUCAUUGACCGAAGCUUAUUGUAUGGCAAUUGUUGAGGCAGCCGCAUGUGGUUUACAAGUGGUGUCGACCAAUGUUGGUGGCAUUCCAGAGGUGUUGCCCGACAGUCUAAUUAUAUUAACUAAACCCGAAGUAGACUCCAUAUAUGAGGGUAUACUGAAGGCGAUAAAACGUUUAGAAAAUCACAACAACAAAAUUCACACUCCCAACACCAGCAACCAAAACACAACAUCCACUCCAGUUGCCGAUCAUUCCCACAAGAAUGGCGGUAAAUAUUCGAGAAAAGUAAAAAAACGUAAUAGUGUAAAAAAUAUGUCUAAAUCCACUUCCACUUGCCAACAAACAAAAACCAAUGCCAAUGAUAUAGCCCGUAAUAAUGACUACGGUAAUGAUGACGAUGAGAUUAAUAAUUCUUCCCAGGCCAUAUUAUGUCCAUAUAAAUGUAAUGAAAUGGUAGCCUCCCUAUAUAAUUGGGAUAAUGUAACACAACGUACGGAAAAAGUUUACGAAUCUGUACUAAAGGAACCCUCAAGAAGUUUGGGCGAAAUUUUACAUUCCUAUUUACGUGCCGAUGUAUGGUCAAUAUUGUUACCCAUAUCCAUGUUACAUUUAAUAUUGCGUUUCUUAGAAUAUAUACGUCCAAGUCGAUAUAUGGAAAAGGCAAAAGAUCUUCCAUACUCUUCUACUAAAGAAUAA